CAUCACCUUAAUUUAAUUCUGCUUUCAAAACAAACCAACUACACACAAACUUUCACAACACAUUUCAUUUCACAAUCCAACAUAGGAAAAAACAGAAAAAGAAUAGAACCAUGCUUGAUCCAACAAGAACACACCACCUCAAUAAUAUUUCUCUUGAUUUGUAUGAUGAAACAAGACACCUAAAAUGGGAAGCAACAAAUUCAAAUUUGUGGCCUUCAAUGAACAUGGAUUAUGAUGAUGAUGAUGAUGAUGGUGAUGAACCUCGAUGGACUAUGACAAGCCUUUCCCCUGUCUCAAGAACCGAAGCCAUAGCACGAGGACAAAAAGAGCUCAUGGAAAUGGUUCAAAACAUGCCUGAAUCAAACUAUGAACUUUCCUUGAAAGAUCUCGUGGAACAUCAUCACAGGGUUAGAGAAGAAAAUACGAAUGAUGAGAAUAAUGCAAAAGUAUAUGCUAGUGGUAGCAAGAAGAUUGAAAAAACACCAUCACAGUUGAAGAGAAAUGGGAAAAUUGAUCGCGGAGGUUUUUACCUUAAAGUGGCGUUUCCUUUUUCUUUAGGAUCUAAAGAGAAAAAGAAGAAGAAAAAUGAGUUGUUAUCGGUGAAUAGUAGUUCAAGAGUUUCACCUAGACCUUCAGCAGUUUGUGAUGGAUCGGUAAAAGGUGUUGUUGAUAAAGAGAAGGAAUGGUGGAAAAAGAGUAGUUUGGUGUAUAAAGAGAGUGAUAGUGGUGAAUCGAGUAUUAACAGUGGAAGCGUGAAAAGCUCUCGUAGUAGUAGCAGCAAUAGUAGUAGCAGCAGAAGAAUCAGAAGUAACAGCAGCAGGAGGCGUGAGAAGAAUGGUGGUUGGUGCUGGCCUUUGUUUCGCAAACGAAAAAGCCAAUCGAAAAAGUAAAAGAUCGAUGCCUAUGAUGAAACAGAGUACUCUGUGAUUUAGUAGUAGUCAUGGUAUUCUUCAUAUAAACUCCCCGCAAAAUCUGGUGCAUGUCAUUUGAGAACUACUAGUAUUUCGUUUCAUUGUAACUUCCAAUGAAUUAAUUAUCAGACAAGCUUGGUUUGGGAGUUACUAAAAAAUUUGUAAGAAUUAAACUUGUACAAAUAUCAUCAUGUUUAAUGUCAGGGCAGGGGAGGUCCCAUGUCAAUCUCAACUUUGGAAUUUUUGACAUAUUUUCCUUUAUAUGUUUAUUUGAUGUUCCUGACCAAAUAAAUUAAAUUUUUGCAUAAUA